UCUCAACAAUAGGCGCAUGCUUAGACAAGCCUAUACGGCUUGCUCCGCAUACGAGAUCAGUUGUCGUGGACCUAAGUCAAGGAUCUGGGUUUAAGAUGCUCGCCCUAUACAUCCUCACACAUAAAUUAAUAUUACUCUUUGUUUACAUUCCUUCAGCCUCCUCGCCUUAUUCAACGCGAGUCCUUCAACCUCAUCAAGCAUUGUCUUACACGUACAUGGGAGACACUAAUAUGUGUGCGGAAUCCCUCAAGAUUCAGGCGCGAAGACGUGCUUCGUGGGUAGAUGUGCUUUGCAUACUCUCGUUCAUAUGGUAUGUUUGUAUGGUAGGCUUGAUAUCACAACAAUUAAUCUGUUUUCGAAACUAGGCACACUUCCACUUUCAAACCAUCUCCAUAUUCCCUUCCGGAAGAGCACAAACCCCUUGAACACCAUAGCUGCCCAAGAGCUACAAGGCUCCUCAGGUUUCGCAGUCCUGUCUUGUUCCCGAAUCCCAACAUACGCCCCACGACGAUCCCGCCUUUCCCAUUCAGCCCCUUUUCUCUUUCGCUAUCUUUCCUGUGUCGAAAACGUACAGUGUGCGGCGAAAAUCCCCAAAAAGCCAAUCACGUUCCUAGUCCACCUCUCUCUCACCCUAACGCUGAGAAACAACACAAAAAGAGAAAAUCAACAAAAGAAUUGCAUCUUCCGGGAGUCGAACCCGAGCCAAUCGCUGACUUGCCAAUCCGGGAUACGGAAGGCUUGGAAGGCGAUUAUCCUACCGCUGGACCAAAGAUGCUGUUAACUGUUUGAUGGAACUGUGCCAAAUUUUGAUGUCUAUAUAGAUUAGGAUACGAGGGAGGGAUGAAGAAAGACUGCAAGGCAGAGCGAGACAAAGGUGGGGCGAGAUUGAAUAAAUGUGGGUUAAGUGGGGCUCAAGC